UGAGCGGCCGUGGAGGAGGUAGAGAGGGGGGAUGAGCGGCCGUGGGGGAGGUGGAGGAGGGGGGCGAGGGGCAGCAGCGCCAGGUCGUGGAGCAGGAGGAGGUGGGGCUGGAGGAGCCGCCGGUGGAGGGGCCGGCGAUGAUGAUACUUCAACAUUCAGUGCGCAGGAACGCUUCUUUCAAGAAGUGGAGGACAAGAUAGACCAGAGUAUCACCCACGAGGGAGGUGGUGUGAAAGGCCGGUUCCCGUUUGACAACCCGCUCGUGCGUCGGAAGUGUGCCACUUUUCAGCGAUCACCAGGUACGCCAGAGGAGUUGUUUUUUUUUGGGGGGGGGUAAAAUAGCUGCCUAUCAACCUUUCUUUUCAGAUUAAAUCGUCCAGGGAAAAUACAUCCCAUCCCCCGGCUAUUUUUUUUGUCUCGCGUGCCUGAUGUUCUGACAUAUCUACCUCACAUUUACGCGCGCCCAGACCUACCGAAACUCGACCGGUUUUAUCAGAAGGCGGUAUUGGUAUGGAUACCGGAGUUCUUGUUCCCAGAGCUCUAGGCAGCAGUUCCUUGUCCAGGAUGUGGGGGCAAGGGCGCACCUGAUGGCUGGAACCCUAAGGGGCCACGCCGGGUGUUCAUGGAUCACGACGUGGCGUACGUGAUGGGGUUUCGGUAAGUUCAGCAUGCGAAGAAGAGUGUUCGCUCGAUAAACUUCAUCAGUCAUGUUUUCGUGGCAUCCGACGAAUUCUGGGUUUCUGGUAGAUUGGAGUUCGUGUUGUGGUUUUCCGACGAUAUUGCUCGUGGUGUAUAUUUUCUCCCAUGCACGUGCAGGUACAAGUGUGCGAAGUGCGCGGAGUUCAAUAAAGGC